AUGGAUGAACCUCGGCGAAGUGCAGCUGCGUGCAGCUUGGAGACUGCGUUGUCCAAGCGUAAGAAGCCGUCGAAGCAGUGUAUGCUGAGACUCAACCAUGACCUCAAGAACAUCAUUGACAACCCGGUGCCUGGAGUGUUCGUCGAGCCUGAAAAAGGCGACAUCACGUACGUCCACGCCGUCAUCUUGGGGCCCGACAACACGCCGUACCAGGGAGGCUUCUUCCAUUUCGUGCAGAAGUGCCCCCGAGACUACCCAGCCUGUCCACCGCAGGUACGCUUCAUGACGACAGACGGCGGAAGGGUGCGCUUCAACCCGAAAGUGUACAGCAGUGGGCUCGUCUCGCUCAGCAUUCCGGGCACGUUUCACGGACCCUCGUGGAACCCGGAGAUGACCCUGAAGACGGUGCUGGUUUCGAUACAGUCGUCGCUCUUUGAGCAGCCGUUGGCCGACGAACCUGCGCUCGGACGAGAGUUUGAAACUUGGCUUGAAAAAACGAUCAGUUGCAACGCCAAACUGCGGUUCCAGACCCUCAGGGUGGCGAUUUGCGACGCGCUCGAGGCUUGCCUCCACGGCAACUCGUUGUACCCGCCACUCCUGCAGCAGGCUGUGAUGACGCACUUCGUAGAACAAUAUGCCAAGUAUGAAAGUGCAGCCUUUUCCCUACUUGGCGAAGACUCAAGCAAAGAGGAAUCUCAGCAGUACGCAGCGCUACUCGAGAGACUGCAAGACACUCAUGAUCGAAUACUGCAAAUCAACCCAAAGAUGAGGAAAAUGAUAGUAUGCGACUACAAGGGCAUCAUGAACUGCUAA